CCGUCGAACGUUUGAAUAAUCUUUAUUGUGCGCUGGGUUUUGUAACAUGUCCAACAUGGGGGCACGGGUUGCGCGAAUGAUGAGGAACUUCAACCUGGAGAACCGGGCGCUGCGGGAGAUCUCCAAGGAGAAGCCGACGGCAGCGCCCCGAUACCCGGGUACCAGCAGCGGGGGCGAGGCAACGGAGGUGAAGGAGGCAGCAAAUCAAAUCCACCAGAAAAACGACCCGUUUCUGUCGCUGCUGAAGUCCGUGUAUGUGGAGUCGACAGACCCGGUGGCAUCAGAGGCACCGAAGCCCGCGGCCGUGCAGGCAGACGAGGAGCGCCGGCCGCUCAAGUACAGCUUACCCGGCGACCCGUACGGCCUGGUGGAGAUCACAGAUGUUCCCAAGGGCAAACUGUCGCUCGUGGAGGCCCUGAAAGCCCUGAGCAGUCACAAACGCGAACCUCAGACGUGGACGGCGGAUAAGAUCGCGCAGGAGUAUUCCCUCGACUUGAAAGACACCAAAGCCCUUCUAGAGUUCUUCAUCCCCUUCGAGGUCAAAAUCAUCCCGCCCAAGACUGAAAACGCAAAGCAGAUCAAGGGUUCCUAGGACAAUACUAACACAACAAUGACCUGAUUUAUUUAUUUACGGGAAUAAAUUUCAGUGGGAGUGUGGCCUGCUUCAGGUUUCCAUUUUGACAAGGAAUAUAGGCUGUGUGUGUCCAAAUGAAGGUAGACAAUAUUUUGAAUCAUACAUAGCCAUUUUUCUUCGACAUGUUCAGUCAAACCUCAUUCAUAUGAAGCUGUGUAGCUCAGCGUUUUUAUUUAAUCAUCACUUUAGCUGGGCAGUGUAUUCAAGCAGUAUUUGUUGUAGCAAUCCAUUUCCAUUUGGAUGUUGGCAUUUAUUGUAUCUGGUGGUCCAACAGUAUUCUCGCUUCUUGUUAAAGAGAACAUCAGAUGGGAGAAAGUGGCUUAUAUCAGAUGGGGAAAACCGUUCCAGGGCUCUUGUUUCUAAUCCAUCCAGUUAACUCGGAUUUUACUGACUGGAAAAAAAUGGAAAUCGCAGCUUGACCCGAGCUGAAGUCACGACACGAGCCGACUUGAUCCCUCAGUGUCGCUCUGCAUUUACUCUUAAGGUCAGAUUUCCUCCUCAAAAAUGUUUCUGUGUCAGUUCAUGGCACUGUUUUUUCUCCACUUUGCGGAGGAUAUUGCAUACCGACACAAGGGCGCAGUCAUGUCAUUGUUUCACUGGGUGUCAUCAUUCAUUUAGAGCCACGAGUCAGUAGGAAACAUUCGGCCCGCAAACUGCAGUGUGUUUCUUUCACAAGGUUAAAUCUCCUGGAGCGUUCACAUGUCACAGUGAACCAGUGAACCAGUAUAUAUGGGAAAUGUUUGGAUUGUAUUGAUUGUUUUAUGGCACUGGCACUAAUUUGCUGCAUAUACGCACAACUUUUUUUUUUUUUUUUUUUUUUUAAAUUUAAAUAAAUGACUUUAUUUUAGGCA